UCAUUUCUUGAUUGAGGUCGAUAGCGAGUGGUAAAUGUAGUGUACGGAGUGGAUUAGUUGGCUCAUUGUUUCCAUUGUUUUAAAAUAGUUUUCUUGAAAUAGUCUUAAUUUUUGUGGUUUGUGUCUUCUUUUGACCAUUGAGCCAAAGAAAUGUGUAUUUAACAAUCCAAAAGUAGACAAGUUUGACCUUUUCAACGGAAAGUUUGGCACCUGCUAGCAUAUAUUUUUUUGGAUUUACUGGCGCCUUAUUAGAGGAUCCUCCAUUAGUUCCGCAUUGAGAAACACAAAAAGUUUGGACAGUGCAAGGAAUACUUCGACCUGAAAUUCUUGUUAGAGACAAUUUUGCGGACCGGAAAAUGUGUAUAUUGUUUGUGUAUGCGAAUGGCAACCCCGCUCCUGGUGGGUACAGGCUGAUUCUUGCGUCCAACAGAGACGAGUUCUACGCCCGCCCUGCAGCACCCGCAAUGCAAUGGAAAGACUUCCCGCACGCGUUUGGUGGAACCGAUAUGGAGUCUGGCCGAGAAGGUGGAACGUGGCUAGCCAUCAGCGGGAAGGAUAAAGUGAUAAAGGUCGGAGCGCUCUUGAAUGUAACGGGGGAACCUCGGAAGCAGGACGGCUUAGGGCGCGGACCAAUAGUCACAGAUUAUGUCACAAGCAACAAAUCGAAUGAUGAAUAUUGCGAUAUACUUUUAUCAAAUCACUUUUUAUACAAUGCGUACAAUUUUGUGUCAAUUGAAAUCGAUGAAAAAUCGGCCAACAUUCUCCACUGCAGCAACGCCCCGCCAGCGAAAGAACCUCAUCCCGAAGGACGAUGUUACGGUUUUGGAAACAGUCCGAUCUCACGACCGCUAGAGAAAGUCAAAUAUGGCCGCGAGCAGUUCAUUAAGAUUGUCGAGGACACCCAGAGCAAUCCACAACAUACUAAACAGGAUAUUGUGGAUCGAUGCAUGGAGCUAUUGAAGGACCGGAAAAAAUGUUGGCCUGACGAUGAAUUAUUGCGACGCGCUCCCAACUGGGGCGAACAUCUCAGCUCGCCAUGUGUCCAAAUCCUGAAGGCCGGCUAUGGGACUCGGACACGAACUGUGAUUCUAGUCGAUGCAGACAAUAAAAUGGACUUUUUCGAGGAGACUAUGAUGUCAGAAGAUCCAGCUGGUGACUGGAAAAUGACUCAUAUACAACAUUCGUUUCUCUAGGAGAAAUGGACGCAUCUUUUCUAAACUUUAGAUUUUGUAGUGAAAGAAAUGUACUGUUAGUACGCAAUAUCCUGUUAAGAUUGAGUGUGGUCAGAUCUGCAAAUGAGCAGGUCCAAUUGGUGCUAUGGGCGGUGUCCAUAUCGAUAUUUAUCCACAGCAUUGACACCAAACAAUCCAUUCUAUUCCUUCUGCUAAACAAAAUAGUUUUCGACGAGAGGUGUUGGAUAUAAUUGUCUCCUUUUUUUAUAUUUACUCAAACAAAUUUUGUGUUCAAAAAAUUGUAUUUUAUCGAGUCGUCUUACGCAUAAUUUUUAAAUUGUGUAUGAAAGUGCUUAAUUGCAUUCUACUACCUCUAAAUGGUUGAAUCAAAUCAACAACAAAAUACAAAGUAUAUUUUUCGUAAGUUAUCUACAAGUGUAUCUUUUGUAUAAAAGACACGAGAUUGACCGUUAUACAAGAUUUGUAUAUACAUCUCUAAGAUAGGUCCGGGAAAGAACAAAAAAAAAAGCAAAACUAUUGUAGAUACAUUAGAUAUAUAUUUUGUCGGCACGUUUAAAAAAUGAAAAAAAAAUAUAGUUCAAAUUAUAUUUACA